AUGCAAAGUGAUUUCGCCUCCGGGGUCAUCCCUAUUUAUAGGGGAGUGGUUGGCAACGGUACUCCUCGAAAAACCAAACGGCGCAUUAAUGCGCCGCGCGCCAUCAUUACUCUCGCCACGUGUCGCUCAUCCUGUGGGGAACAGACGGCACGCGAAGCGCGGAAGUCGAAGCGCUCAGACGUCCUUUCACCCAUCAGCUCGACACGACCUUCUGACUUCACCAACGUCAGCCUCUGA